AUGCCGGUCACUCUUCCCAUCAUCCACUUCAACGAUGUCUACCGUGUCCGUCAAAAGGACAAAAAGUCUGGCGGCACCAUUGGAGCAGACCAGUUCGCUGCCAAGAUCCAAGCGAUACGAGAAUCGUGGGGCGAGCCAUCAGAUCUGUCGAACCUCUCACCGCCAGAGGCAUCUGCAUCAUCAUCCCGCGACUGGUCCAAGCAUGCCACAUCACGCGAGAGGAAGGGUCUCGUCCUCUUCAGUGGCGACCUCUACUCACCCUCUGUCGAAAGCAGCGUCACUCGAGGAACGCACUUGAUACCCGUCAUCAACGCUAUGAACCUCGACUGUGCCUGUCUGGGCAACCACGACUGGGACUUUGGCUAUCCUCAUCUUCAAACCUUGAUGACGCAGAACAACUUCCCUUGGCUCUUCUCUAAUGUCGUCGAUCGAUCUGGCAAGAGCGAAGAGGAGAACAAGGACUGCAGCAACUGGGACGAAGACUUUCAGGAUGACGAUGCUCAGGUCAAUGGCACGUUGCGCUCCUGGACCACGGUGGUGCAAGGCGUCAAGGUCGGGUGCAUUGGCAUCGUCGAGAAGGAAUGGAUCGCCACCGUACCGAGUUUCCCGGAAGGCUUUGUGUAUAGGAACAUGGUCAAGACGGCCAACAAGCUCAGUCAGACGCUCAGAGAUCCCUCGGGCGAGGCGUGCGAACUCGUCAUUGCCAUCACCCACAGUCGAUUGCCCAACGACAUCGACUUUGCAAAUGCGGUGGGUGCAGUCUCCAAUCCGGAUCCUUCCUCUCACGGCGUCGAUCUCGUCCUCGGCGGCCACGACCACAUCUACUACGUCGGCAACGGCGCCUCGAGCUUCCAAGGCGACGAUUUCCCGCGUGGCGAGCCAGGCACUGAAAAGGACAAGAACGCCAUGGUCGUCAAAUCAGGCACCGACUUCCGCGACCUUUCCGAACUCAAGCUCGAGCUCACCGACCGCGACGAUUCGGCCGUCCGCAAACGAAUCAUCAAAUCCCUCGCCGUCCAACGAUACCGCACCAGCCCUUCUGAUCCGACCUCCCCCCACCUCAAGUCGAUGCUCGACGACCUGCUCGCCAAGAUCUCCCAAUCCACCUCCCAGAGCGUCGCUUACACCCUCACGCCUUGGGACUGUCGCUCGGAAAAGGUGCGCACCGACGAAUCCGCCUUUGGCAACUUUGUCGCCGACGUGCUGAUGAACUCGUACGAAGAGGUGCUGCGCGAGCGCGACAACCGCGGCGAGCUGAGCGAACGACGACCGCCCAACGUGCGCGAGGUCGACUGCGCGCUCAUCUGCGGCGGCAGUUUGCGCGGGGACCAGAUGUACGGUCCGGGCAAGGUGGCGCUUUCGGACGUGCUGGAGAUCCUGCCGUUUGAGGAUGCGGUGGUGUGCAAGGAGUUGAAGGGUCAAGAUAUCUGGGAUGCGUUGGAGAACGGGCUUUCGAUGUAUCCGAAGCAGGAGGGGAGGUUUCCGCAGGUUGCCGGGAUGAUGGUCAAGUGGGAUUCGAGGAAGCCGCCUGGGAAGCGAUUGGUGAGCGUCGAGCUGCUGGACAAUCCGUUGGACACGCCAUCACCGGCGGCAGAGGACGACGCUAUGGACGUCGACAAAGAAGAGGACACCGACGCCAAUGUGGGUAAGCUGCGUCGCUUUUCGGUCACCAAGCUGCCGGGCGGAGGCUACGACGUUGAAGUUCACCGCCCCGCCCUGGUCAGCAGAGGCCCGCUCGAGAUGGACAAAACCUACCGCGUCGUGACCAGAGAAUACCUCGCCGAAGGCUACGACGGCUUCGACGCGCUCAAGCGGGGCGAGUUCGUCGUCGACCACGAGAACGGCCAACUCAUGUCCGCCAUCGUGCGCAAGUUCCUGCUCGGCGCGAGCUAUCUGUGGCGCAUGAAGCAGAUCCGGCGGUUGCAAGCCGAGAACGCCUCUUACUCCACCGAUCCCGCGACCGACACCGAGAGCCCGCUCGCUAGCAAGACCCAUACACCCGAUGCGCAGGCAGACCGCGACAUCGACACGCUUUCCAAACGCACACGCAUCGCCAUCUCCCGCGCUCGGUCGCUCAACCUCCUCAAGCGCGCCAUGAAGUACAACCCGAACAGCGACACCGCGCCUUCAACACCUGUCAAACAGCCCUCGCGCGCCCGCGCCGGCUCGCACGGCUCGGCCGACGGCGAGCUGUGGCGUAUGGUCGUCGAUCAAUCCCCCGGCGGCUUCCGCGAUGCCCUCCACGUCGGCGGUUCGGAACACCAUUCCCAAUUCGAUUCGGUCUCGAAGCGAUUCAACGAGCCUCUGGGCCCUGGAGGGACAAAUGAUCUCGCGGCAACGUCGUCGCAUGCGGCGACGCGGUCGUUCGACGCAGAUGCGAGCGAGACGGGUGUUCCUUCAGCCAAACGUUCGCGUGUCGAAGAGGAGCCUCGGAUCGAGAAUGCGCUCUUUGAUGCGUCGCUAGCGUCGAGUUUGCUGGAGCAGAUCAAGGAGUUGUUAGCGUUGGUCAUGCGUGCUGCUGAGCAGGAUGGGAAGCUGUACACUCCCUCCACCGCUCCUGACACUUCCGUUCAAAGCGUCGAGGAGGAAGAUCACGCCACCGGGGGCGCCAACAUCGCUCUAGGCAGCAUGGCCGUGGAUGAAGGCGAUGCGGAUGCCACCCUGGCCUUCCUCACCGCUGCCGGUGCCCCUCAACGGGGCAAGGGAACGCCCACCCAGCUCUCUCAGGACAUCGUUCGACAAGCGACCCAGCUCCGCGCAACGUUCGCCACGCUCGAGGCCGCAGCGCGUGACCUGCCAGGUGGGAUGGAUAUGGGUCUCCGGGAGCAGCAGAGGCUGUUGGGCACGCUGGAGGGGUUCAUCGCGCGCCAGAAUGAGGGGUUGGCGGUGCUGAACAAGGGUGAGGCAGGUCGAGGAGUUGUUGGUGAAGGGGGAGGAGGAUUUGGUGGCAAGGAGGGCAAGGUGGCGAGUACGAAUUUCAAACACGGCGCUGUGGCGAGCACGAGUUUCCAUCUGGAUCAGGAGCAGAUGGAUCAGCUGAGGGACGAUAUUAAGGCUUCCACUUCCAAUGGACCGGGGGAGAGGGCGAACGGCAAAGAGAAGCACAAUGGUAGUAGCGGGAAGAAGGACGAGGCCGAGGAUGAUACGUCGAAUCUGGCCUUUGUUUCGCCGCUGGUCGACGGGCGCUUGGUCGAUGUGGCUCGUCAGAAGGCCUGA